UUUACUGAAGAAAAGUUGGGCCAGGCUGAGAAGACUGAACUAGAUGCCCACUUUGAAAACCUUCUGGCCAGAGCAGACUUCACAAAGAACUGGACAGAGAAGAUCUUGCGUCAGACUGAGGUUCUGCUGCAGCCAAACCCUAGUGCCAGAGUAGAAGAAUUCCUCUAUGAGAAGCUUGACCGGAAGGUGCCUUCCCGGGUCACCAACGGGGAGCUGCUGGCACAGUACAUGACAGAAGCAGCUAAUGACUUUGGGCCAGGGACACCUUAUGGGAAGACCUUGAUAAAAGUUGGAGAGACUCAAAGGCGCUUAGGUGCAGCAGAACGGGACUUCAUCCACUCUGCCUCCAUCAACUUCCUGACCCCGCUGCGCAACUUCCUGGAAGGGGAUUGGCGAACCAUAUCUAAAGAGCGGAGGAUCCUGCAGAACCGCCGCCUGGAUCUGGAUGCCUGCAAAGCCAGGUUGAAGAAAGCCAAAGCUGCUGAGGCAAAAGCAGCGGCUGUGCCUGACUUUCAGGAGACUAGACCUCGUAAUUACGUUCUCUCCGCCAGCGCAUCAGCGCUUUGGAGCGACGAGGUGGAAAAAGCAGAACACGAGCUGAGGCUCACGCAGACCGAGUUUGAUCGACAGGCAGAGGUGACACGUCUCCUGCUGGAGGGGAUCAGCAGCACGCAUGUGAAUCAUCUUCGCUGUCUCCACGAGUUUGUGGAGUCUCAGACCAACUACUAUGCUCAGUGUUACCAAUACAUGCUGGACCUGCAGAAGCAACUGGGCAGAUUUUCAGGCACAUUCGUAGGCAACGCAGAAUCCACAUCUCCUCCCCCAGCUGCUACCUCUCUUCCAGCUGUCGCUGCUGCCACACUCCCUGCUGUGCCUACUAUUCCAGUUGUGCCCACGAUUGUUGGGGUGCCUAACACCAUGGCAGAGAGCGUCCUGAACCCAAAUGAAGUCAAGCCUCCUGCCAGUGGGACACGGAAGGCCAGAGUCCUCUAUGAUUAUGAAGCAGCUGACAGCACCGAGCUGGCACUUCUUGCAGAUGAGAUGAUCACUGUGUACAGCCUGCCAGGCAUGGAUCCAGACUGGCUCAUAGGGGAAAGAGGGAACCAGAAAGGGAAAGUUCCUGUCACUUACUUGGAACUGUUAAGUUAAAUGUCUCCAGGAAGAUGAAUGUACAAGCAGAAUGCACCCCUCAUCUGGCACUUCUAAUGCGGAUUUCUUCAUCCGAGACCAUUGCUCUCUUCAGGGUCGACACUCCAUUGCUAAUACAGGAAUUGUGGGAAAGAUGUGGUAAAACUGUUACAGUAAGGUUUUGGGAAAGGGCUGAUGGCACCCAAGACUGAAUUCGUUAACUACCAGUGCAGCCUGCUUUGAGGUUAGUCUUGAUGGCGCAAGAUUCCUUGAUGACUUUUUUCUACCCUACCCUAGUCUUGUUUAUCGCAGUGGCUUCCCCAGGGCCAGCAAGCUGUCUCCCUCAGCAGCUGCUCACGGAGUUUAAGUUACACUUCCCUUGUGUCUGGUGUGGGUUAGUGCCUGUCUGCCCCUCCCGUCCUCUCCGUUCUUCAGCAGUAGAAUUGCCCAAGUCAAACCAUCAAGCAUUCCAGUGGGGAAGCGUCCCACACAAACCCUCUGACAUGUUCUAGCUCUUAAGGCAAGGAAGCUGAAUCUAAGAAUUAACAGCCCGUUAAACCCGUCCACCUUGCUCACCUGUGGGAGAACAGUAAUGCAGGGCUCUCUAAGAGCCAUGCUUACUAUCGUGGUGCCUGAUGGCUUCAGUCUAGAACUGUCCCCUGAAGCUGGAAGGAAAUUUCUUUGUGAAGACCAACCUAAUAACAUAGGGCCUGUAUGUCAAAAACCAAACCUCAGUGCAAGGGACCAUGCAUCUUGCUUGCAUUUCCUCUGAGAAACUGCUCUUGGACUGCAAAGAGUUUACAAGCCUUUUUACAAGCUUUGCUCCCGGUGUUAAUUGUCCAGGCUUUUCUUUCAGUGCGUCUGUUCCAGGCAUGUUUUAGCCUGACUUUAUUUUCACCCUAGAUCACUGAUUUAACUAUUUCCCCUCCCAUCUCAGCAGUGAACAGACUUGGUGCAUCCUAGUACAGUAAGGGGUAAUCCCACUUGCUGUUAUCUCCAAGAAUGAGCAAUUCCUGGCCAUGCACACACUAAACAAUCCAGGCUGCCCUUGAUGUACGUGGUGGUUUAGCUCAAAGGGAGUGCUCAGGUGUGUAUGCCUUUUAAUCCUAUAAUGAGCUUUUCAGCUAGAGCUCGCCUAAAGGACUUCUGCUGCUGUGUAACUAGUUUUCACUCAAGCUGGAUGGAAGAGACUCACCUGCACCAAGCUCUCUGUUCACCACCCUUCCCCUCAGUAUGUCAAAACUAACUUUGCUUGUUUGUUGAUCUUUUGCACUUUCCCCAAUGGUGUCGUGACCACUCUAAUGUAACAGGGCACUGAGCACCUGUGUAUGUAGGGCUCAUGGUUUUCAGCACUUAUUUGCCAAUAAACAAACUGCCUGAC